AUGUCUUUUCCAUCAUCAAAUUCUGAUCGAUACGUUUGCCAAACAGAAUUUUCUAUGGAUGAAAUAAAUGAUAUUGAUGAACGUACACAAACACAACAAAAUUUGACAACUAAUAAUAUCUCAACUAUGAUGUCGCCAUCUACGCUAAUGAAAAAUAUGGAAGAAAAAUCGACAGUAUCUACAUCUGCUGUAAAAGAAAAUAUUGAACCAUUACCAACAGUUGCACAACAUGAACUUGGUCCAAUUCAACGACCAAAUAAACUUUCAUGUCAACCAGCUAAACAAUCAUCAGUAUUUACUGAUUCUAUUGAAUCGCCCAAUACACCUGACGUACUCGUUCAAAUAAAUCAUCUUCUUGAUCGUCAAAAUAGUAUAUCAACAAAUUUGUCAACACCAAAGGUUCCCAUCAUAGCAAUUUCAUCAACCAGUAUUAAUGAGAUUUCAACUCCAAAUGUCUCGUGGACACCGUAUUCGCCAAUAGAAUGGGCAUCAAAAUAUGAUUCAUCAUGGCCAGAAAGCGCAAAUAUCUCUUUGGCGCGACAGCAAAUAUCAAGUGAAGAAGCAUUGAUAUGGCCAUCUACUAAAGAUACACAACGAAGUACUCAGUGGAAUGAACCUAUGUCACCUGCUGCUGUCCCAUCACAAACUGAAAUAGCAAAGCCAACAAAAAAUAAUUCUUGGUUAACAUUUUUACCAGUAUCUGAUCCAACUUCUGAUGAUAUUAUUACAUCCGAUAGACAAGAAAAUGAAAUAACUAAUCCAUUUUCGAAUUCUAAUGAAGCACAAGAAAAUUCAUCAGCAUCAUGGUGGCCUAAAGUGUCAUCUAGCGAAAAAAAUGCUGAUACUGAUCGAUCUCGAUGGGAUUUUGCUCGUUAA